AUGGCCGUUGAAAAGCUUGAGGCAGAUCAUGCCGUACAGGUUUACAAUGAUACCACUAAAACAAUGGUGGUGCUGGUGGUCAUACUCAUAGACUCUGAAAUUCCACUAGUUGUGGCCGCACUUCAGAUCAGAGUUCAAUGUCACUGCUGUCUCAAAUGA